AUGGUUCACUCCCGCCUCCUUCUCGUCUUCAACCUCAUCCACCUCACAACCGCGCAACUCCCAACCUCGAAAGCCACCUCCGCCCUCACACAGCCCUUCCUCCACCCUAUCCGCGGCGACGUGCUCCUCCCAGGCAGCAUCUUCACCAUUCAAUGGGACGCCAACCCCGCCUUCAAAAACAUCACCCUCCAGCUCUGGGACAAGACGUCCUGGGGCUUCGCGCGCGAUCUGCUCUCGCCCUGCCACCCGUGGGCCCGCAACCCCUUCUGCGGCACCAUCGCCGCUUCCGCGCCCAACACGGGCUCCUUCGCAUGGCUCGUUCCGAACCCGCAAAACGGCACCCUCGGCUUCGGGUUCCCGCGCGGCGAGCACGCGUACUGGGUCAAGAUGUACGUGGAGGAUUAUUUGCAGCCGGGGAUUGGGAACAAGGAUCCGGUCCUGAGUUAUAGUCAGAACUUUGCGUUUGCGAGGGAGGGAGAGGCGGCGAUUUUGGUGACGGUGCAACCGACGGCGACGAGCGGGGAGGGGGAUGGCGGGCCGCCGACGGUGUUUGUGACUGUGGCUGGUGAUGGGACGGCGAGCGUGACAGGAGAGGGUGAUGUCGUGGAGACAGGGACGGGGACGGGGACGGGAACGGUGGAGGCGACGGGGUCAAGAGGAAAUAAGACGGCGUUUGUGACGCACCCAGAAAAAGUCUGCAUGAAGAGUAGACGCCCGAAUCAUUACAGAGACGCCGAGAACGCACACUACGCAGACGUCCUGAAGCAGCACACACAGCGCCCCGUCGCAGCCCAGCCUAACAAGGAAACCCUCAUCCCUCCCCUGACCCUCACCUCACCCCACCAUUCGACGAGCAACAAACUUGCCGAGCCCAGUGCAUGCACCAUACGCACCCGCCAACGCCCACCAGUCUCGACCGCACCGCACCAAAUCUGCGCGCAACGUGGCCAGCCCUACGGCGCCUUACGCGACGGGCCUCGACGCAUCGUGGCUUGCGUAGGCCGCGACUUCAGCGCUGAGCGCUCGCGUAGUGAGACGCCACGGGCGGCGCCAGAGCUAGCGAAGCGCGGGAGCGGUGCGGCUGCGUCGACGCUGACCGCUUCGUUGGGGUUGGUUCGGGCGGCGGGGCGAGCGAAGCUUGCGUGGAUGGAGUGCGGUAGUGGGCUCGUUAGAGACAUGCAUGGUCGGCGUGAGCGAGAGGCUUGCAGUGCGGUGUACACAGUAGACUACACAAAGCUACGCGAGCAGCGCCACAGUUUCCCUAUGAGACGAAGUGGUGACGUAUGAGAAAAGAGAUCAUCUGAACAGAAUCCGAUAGACUUCCUCUAUGCUACCUCCUUCAGCUCAGCCCCGCGGUAUUAGCUAGAAAUGCUCAGGUAAUGCAUCCUCGAGUCCCAUGCUUUUGGUGGGUAAUGAAUAGAACAGAAAAUGCUAGUAAGGGUAUCCUUUCCCGCUCGCGAAGAUGAAAAUGAUGACAGAUGCAAGAAAACAAGAAAGACAAAUGCCGUGUGUCCCGUCAGCCGCUGAUGCAUGCCGUACUCAAACGCCAGACCGCUAUGCCAUGUACCCGUAUUGUAUGCCUCAUGCAGUGCAGCGUGUCCUCGGUAUGCUAUUAUGUGCCGGAAGACGAACUCCGCGUGGUCUUCCCCGAGGAAUAUCAUAUGUAGGUGUGAUAUCCAUGCAAUGUGAGCGUCGUGUGUUCGUUCAUCGCUUGAAAAUGUUCAUCAUGCUUUUCCGCUUGCCCAUCUUCGGCG